AUGGUGAUCGGCUACUGUGCAGCUUUGGCUUGCUUCCCGGACUUCUGGUGGACUUGCACUCUGUGCUUCGGCAUCCCGUUCGCGUACAUCGCCAUCCAGAACAUUUACAUUGAUCACGAUGUGAUGCACGGAGCCACUUUCCCGGUUUACGAGUGGCAGCGCUUCUUGACUCACCCCUUUGCCGACUUUUUUUCUCUGCCUUGGGAGGAGUUUGUCCUGGAGCACAACAGGCAUCAUGCCUCGACGGUUGACCUGCUGAUCCAGGGUGAGUUCGGGUGGGACCCCGAGGAGUUCCACUACGCCCUGCAGCAGUGGGCUGGGCCAUGGGGCUCGAACUGGUACAAGUACCUGCUCACC